GCGCACACUGCGGCGUUGACAACCGAGUGAACCGAGAGAAUGUGGCGAAGAAAGGGGUGCGAGGGGAAAAACGAGAGGAAAGGAAGGCGGGAGAUAGCGAGCUCGAGGGAAGAGAAAUCGGGAGACGUAUUUUUUCUUUUUGUAUAAUUGUGAAAGUGAAAGGAUCAAAUGGAUUUUUCGACGUUCGAUCGCACAAGAAAGAGCCUUCGCGAUGUAGCUUGUUCACUAAAUGUCAGUUCUUACACGCUGGCACUGUCAGUUGAAUCUCACCUUCGCAGGUGUCACAUACGUGUUAAUAACCGGCGCGAUCUAUCGCUGCCUAUCUCUACUGUCAUUCGAUAAUCCACUCACCGAUUUUUCAAAGUAAACAAGGCUAUCAUAAAACAAUAAAUAUAUUUUCUUGUAACUUGCGUACUUAAGGGAAUUCGUAAACAAGCGCACGAUGGACGUCGAAGCACUUAGACGCAAACUUGAACAUCACAAACAAUCCCAUCUGCUACGUUUUUGGGAUGAAUUAUCGGCAAAUGAGAAAAAUGAACUUUACCAUGACAUUUCCAACGUCAACUUUGAUGAAGUCGAUCGUUAUUUCGCUCAAGCCACUUCAUCCACUCAAAACAAUAACAAAAUUCUUGAUGACCGUGUUCAACCCAUUCCGGAUCAUGUUAUUGCUUCCUACAAGAGUAGCGAUAACGACAAAUUGAAAGAGUACGAAGAAUCGGGCCUCAAAGAAAUUGCUGAUGGACGAGUCGCUGUUCUUCUAAUGGCUGGUGGCCAAGGUACUCGUUUAGGGGUUACUUAUCCUAAAGGCAUGUACGACGUUGGAUUACCAUCUCGCAGUACCCUUUUCAAAAUUCAAGCUCGGAGAAUCAUACGCUUGGAAGAAAUUGCUCAACAAAAGUUUGGUACUCGCAGAGGCAUUACUUGGUACAUUCUGACGAGUCAAUCGACGAAUCAAGCAACCCUCGACUAUUUUGAGGAAAACAAUUACUUCGGAUUGAAAAGAGAAAACGUGAAAACUUUUAAGCAAGGAAUGAUUCCCUGCUACAAUUUCAAAGGUGAAAUUUUAUUGGAUGAAAAAUAUCGAUUGUCGAGGGCACCCGAUGGUAAUGGUGGUAUAUACAGAGGUCUCAGGGUGGAAGGGAUUCUGGCCGAUAUGGAGAAGCGAAACAUACGAAGCGUACACGCUCAUUCCGUUGAUAAUAUUUUGGUGAAAGUUGCCGAUCCUGUUUUCAUUGGUUACUGCCUUUCUCUAUCGGCGGAUUGUGGCGCUAAAGUUGUCGAAAAAUCUGAGCCAUCCGAGCCUGUGGGUGUUAUAUGCCAGGUCGACAGUCAUUUUCGAGUGGUGGAGUACAGUGAAAUAAGCAAGGAAACAUCGGAGCUUCGUCGUGAAGAUGGAAAAUUGGUAUUCAAUGCAGGAAAUAUAUGCAACCAUUAUUUCAGCGUGGAUUUUUUGAAUGAAAUAGCAAACAAGUACGAGACUGAUUUAGAGUUACACGUUGCAAAGAAGAAAAUUCCAUUUGUUGACGAGAACGGUGAUCGUCAGCUGCCGACUACGGCAAAUGGAAUAAAGGUUGAAAAGUUUGUUUUCGACGUGUUUAAAUUUACGAAAAAUUUCGCCGCUUGGGAGGUGUCUCGGGAAGAGGAAUUCAGUGCACUGAAAAAUGCGGAUUCGGCGGGCAAGGAUUGUCCGUCGACGGCACGCCACGAUAUUAUUUCAUUGCACAGAACUUGGCUUUUGAACAGUGGCGCAACGUCGGUUAAUGGAGACGUUGAAAUUUCGCCUUUGCUCUCUUACGCCGGUGAAAAUUUGAGUGAAAUUGCGCAUGGAAAGUCGUUCCAAGGACCUAAAGUUUUAGAAUAAACGACGAUUGUUCGUUGGAUUUAUUCUCACGAAUUUUGUAUUGUAUAUAAGAGAUUUUUUAAAUCUGAUUACGAACCUGCCAUUGUACGACAAAAAAUCAUGUCACGUUUUGACGAUAAACGCAAUAAUUUACUUGUAAAUGUAAUUCAAUCAUGAACUAUAGUCAUCGAAGAAUGUCUUAUGGAUUUUUCGUACCGAGUACUGUCCUUUUUGGUUCUAUAUUCGAUGACAUUUCAAUAUGUUUUUCAAACGAUGUCAAAAUUGAUCAUCAUCCAUUCUCCAUCACGUUUUUCGUGUUCUUGAAUUCGUAUAGUAUGAAAUAUACUUGAAGGAUAUCGACAACGAGAAUGUACCUUUUCUCGGCAUAUUUGGUCGCGUCAAAAAACAUUUUCUAUGCGAAAUAUAUAUAUAUAUAUAUAUAUAGAUAUACAUUUUAAUAUAAACGAUUAAAUGAAAAUUGUAUUAAUAUGGUUUAUAAAUCGAGAGACAAAAGAAAUAUUGGUAAACGGUACAAAAGAAUAAAAGGAUGAACUUGAAAAUUAA